AUGAGAAUCUUCAACCAAUCCAGCUCCAUGAGCUUCACUUUGUUGGGCAUACCUGGCUUAGAAUCACAACAUUUGUGGCUAUCUAUUCCCUUUUCCUCUAUGUUUUUGACUAUACUCAUUGGCAACGGUGCUAUACUCUUCCUCGUAGCCACAGAACCCACCCUUUACACACCAAUGUACCUGCUUCUGGCCUUGUUGAUGGUGGUUGACCUUGUAUCCUCUCUGGCUCUACUGCCCAAGAUUCUCUGCCUUUUUUGGUUCAAUGAUAGAGACAUAGCUCCCAAUGCCUGUUUCACUCAAAUGUUUUUCAUUCAUGGAGCAUCUGUAGUACGAUCAGCACUACUUGUUGCAAUGGCCUAUGACCGCUUUGUGGCUGUGUGUGAGCCAUUACGUUACAACACAAUUCUGAGCCAUUCCUUAGUUGGACGCUUGGGACUAUUGGCCCUAACCAAGGGUGUGAUACUUGUUCUUCCCUUGCCUCUUCUACUUCAAAGGUUGACUUUCUGUCAUGUGGUCAUACCUCAUACAUACUGUGACCAUAUGGCUGUGGUGAAAAUGGCCUGUGGCCAUACCAAACCCAAUCGUAUUUAUGGGCUCUUUGUGAUUCUGCUUGUGGUAGGACUUGAUUUGCUGCUUAUUGGUUUCUCUUAUGGUCUCAUCCUGCAGGCUGUGGUACGUCUCAAUUCUCGAGAUGCCACCUUCAAAGCCCUCAAUACCUGCUCUGCCCACAUCUUUGUCAUCCUUGUCACCUAUAUACCUGCACUCUUUUCCUCUCUCACCCAUCGCAUUGGUCGUAAUAUUCCUCCACAUGCCCAUAUUCUCCUGGCAAAUCUCUAUCUUCUUCUGCCCUCAAUGCUCAACCCCAUCAUCUAUGGAAUAAAAAUGAAAGAAAUACGAGACAAGGUACUCAAAUGUUUGUUCAAAGGAACUACAUAA